AUGUCUGACGAGAACGCGAACGGUACACCCGGCGAGCAGGCCCCUGCCAACUCGGAACACCUCAACAUUAAGGUGACGGAUAAUAACAACGAAGUCUUUUUCAAGAUUAAGCGCACCACCAAACUCGAGAAGCUGAUGGGCGCCUUUUGCGAACGUCAGGGCAAGGCAACUAGUUCCGUCCGAUUUCUCUUUGACGGAACGCGAGUCCAGCCCACGGACACACCAGAUGCGCUCGAGAUGCAAGACGGCGAUACCCUUGAGGUGCACCAGGAACAGGUUGGAGGAUCCUCACUGUAA